AGGAUCCUUACAUAUCUAUAUUCGUACGACGUGUUUUUAUAUUCUUUGCUUGAACGAAACUAAUUUAUUUCGCAUUAUAACGGAUCAUCACUUUUGUUUUAUUUGCAUAUGAAUCAAUAGAGAUUUGCACAACUCUAUAACUCUUAGAAAGUUUUAAUGUUGCUAAUUAAAAGUUUUAAUGUUGAUAAUGUUGUGUUGGUAAUUUUUUAGUGCCUGCAGAAUUAUCUUAAUUAACGAUUCAAAAUGAGCAAUCUGAAAAAAAAAUUUAUUGACAAAAGAAAUUCUGUAACUUUCCAAGUUGUCCAUAGGUCUUUAAAAGAUCCUUUGUCAGCUGAUGAAACAGCACCACAGAGAGUGCUUGUUCCUGUGCCUGACAAGAAGUCCACAAAACAACAAAUAAACGACAAUUGUGAUCUAAAAAACCAAAAAGAAGAACAAAAAAAAUAUGGUGUUUUUUUUGAUGACGAUUAUAAUUAUCUUCAACAUUUAAGAGAUGUAACUAAGUUGCAUUCAGAAUGGGUUGAAGAAAAAUGCACCGCCAAACAAAGAAGUUCUAUUGAUGGACAUAAUUAUAAAAUAAGCUUACCUUCUUCAGCCUUUGAGAGUGGUAUUGAAGAAAAAGUAGGUCUUUUUAAUAAAGUAUCUCCAGAAUUAAACAUUCAACUGGAAUCUUAUGAUCCAGAUGUCAUUGCUGCCUUAGAUGAUGAUUUUGCCUUUGAUGACCCUAAUAAUGAGCUAGAAGAUAACUUUGUUGAAUUAGCUGAAAAAAAAUCACUUCAAGAUAUUAUAUUAAGUAACAGAGAGUUUAAUGAGGAAUCAUACUUACAUAGCAAUACUACAAAUAAUUUUAAUGCUUUUAAGAAUAUUAAAUAUGCUGAAGAUUCACAAUCAUGUUUUACUGCAUAUUCUAUGAGUAGCAGUAUUAUAAAAAGGAAUGAUAAACUUAAUCUUCUAGAUGAUACAUUUGAAACAGUUUAUGCAGACUAUAGUGAGGAAGAUAUUGGAGCAUUAAACUGUGAUCAUAUUGAGGGACAUUUAUGUGUCAAUUCUGAUCUGCUACUUGGAUGUACAGAAGAAUACAGAAAACUAAAAAAUGGAGAUGUUGACCAUAUAACUAGUUUGAUUAAAAACCAAGUAAAAAUAACGAACAAUGAAUUUCCCGCAUCUAUUACGAAUUCUAGAAAUGAACAUUUUGAAAAAGUAGUUGCUAACAGUUAUGAUACGAAUUGGGAUUGUGAAAGUGUUUUAAGCACGUACAGUACCUGUAACAACCGGCCUAAACUGAUUGUGGACGCUCUAUCUAAGGAUUCGUCAAUAAAAAUAAGCCCUAAAACAGGAUUACCAAAAAUAACCAGAAAUAAACCUGCUCACGAAAAAUUGACCUUCAAAAAUCUUUCUCGUUGUGAAACAGAAUGUAUAAAAUUAAAAACAGAUGAUUCAUGUGUUGCAACAAAUUCAAUGAAGUCUUUAAUAAGCACAAUUAGCCAUCGCCCAGAAAAUGAAACGUUGGACGAAAAAAAAAAACGAAAACAAAUGAUCAAAAUUUAUAGAAAGGAAAGAAGAAAAGAACGGAAAGAAAACACUAUUACCUUUAAACAAGAAAAAAAACAACAAGAAAAAAUUUUAAUAAAUCAAAAGCAAAACAUUCAAGGAAACCAUAUUUUUUAACAAUUUUUGUUAAUAACGAAUGUCUAUUAGCCCUACGAUUCAUUAUAAACGAAGUGUAUAGUUAGUAAUACAUUUUACAUUGACUAUAAUUAUUGAGUGGCAUCUAAAAUUCGAAUACUCAUUACCAAGUGUA